GCGUGUAUUCAGUUUAACACACAUUUCAAUCGGAUGUCAGUGAACUUGACCUUGUAUAGUUGUAUUUAUGACGGUCUCAUAAAAUGCUGCCCCGUACAUCAUCAUCUGCGUACACGAAAACACAUAAAAGGGGUGUUUUUUAUCACUAAGGACCUACUAAGGGGUGUAUCCAGUUAAGGAUAUCAAGAACGGGUAUCAAAUUCAUCGUACGACAAUUUAUAAGAAGAUACGCUGAAAGUGUAGGAUCUUCGGGAGCAGAAGGUCCAAUACGAUUUUAAAAUCUUGUGUAAAUACAUGAUAAAAGCAAUAGAAGCAAUCCUCAUAUCGGGUGUAAAUUACCAUGCAAGAUAAUGAAAUCCCAGUAAAGGUAUUUGGGCUAUAGUCGUCUUGCAGAUGACCUUGCAAUAUUCAGUAAAGUUUUUUUUUUUUAAUUGAAUCCUAUAUAAUCCAACCCUUGGGAGGAAAAAUAUAUACUCUGUAGCUUCUUGAGCUUACAAACUUCGAAACACAAUUACUGCCCUUAGUAUAAUUAUAAACAAUACAUGUAGUCAUCAUCAUUCUGUUUUUUGUCUUUUCUAGAUCUAUAUACUGAUGAAUCGGCUUGAAACCUGAAAUUCAUCCUUAACCCAAUGGGUGAGACAUAACUUCAAACGCUCUUCUAAAAGGCCCCCAGACAUGGCCUCCACCUCGCAUCAUCAUGCUGGAGUGCAGCAAGAGUAUGUGUUUCGAGAGCCCCACCAUCCUGCCCAUGUCCUCUGUGGGCUCAACCAAAUGAGAGAAAGCGGCUCUCUCACGGACACCACCAUACAUGUCAAGAAGAGUCACUUCCAGUGCCACCGUGCCAUCCUGGCUUGCAACAGUCCCUACUUUCAGGCCAUGUUCACCAACGACUUCCUGGAGAAGGUCAAAGGCAUCGUGACCCUCGAAGGGAUGAAUCCGGUCAUAGUUGCCCAAAUCAUCGAGUUUUCCUACACCUCGCAACUGACAAUCAAUACAUCCAACGCGCAGGAGCUGCUUGAAGCAGCCAGUCACUUGCAAUACCAAAGCAUCGUCAAAGCCUGUUGUCUCUUCCUGAAGAAGCAUCUGAAUCCAUCCACAUGUCUGGGAAUCAAGCACCUUGCAGAGACCUACUCUUGCACCGAUUUACUAGCAGCUGCUUCAAAGUACUGCAGAGAGAACUUCAUCGUAGUAAGUCGGCAGGAGGAUUUCCUGAAGCUCUCCGCUAAGGAGCUUGCAGAUUAUAUAUCCUCGAAUGAAUUGAAGGUGGAGAAGGAAGAGAUUAUUCUCAAGGUUUGCAUGAAGUGGUGCGAGUUCAGUCAUGACAGGGCCAAAGCAUUCCAUGAGGUGCUGGAGAAGGUACGCCUAGUGUACAUCAAGCCGUCCGUUCUUCUAGGAUACUUGUCCGAUCCCAUCAUCAAGGAUCACAGCCAGAAUGGCAAGCAGAUCCUUGCAGCUAUAUCUAUGCAGCAGCAGCUCCAAAACAAAACCCACCUUGAGAGUUGUAGUCCCAUACCCCGUCCUUCCACAUAUGCUGAGGUGAUGGCAGUGGUCAGUGGAUAUGGUAAGAACUAUUCAAGCGUUAGAGAUGUGGUAUACUACGAUCCAGGCAAUGACAAAUGGGCUACUCUAGCCCAGCUGCCUCACAGCACCAGCAAUUUUGCUGUAGCAGUGCUGCAAGGUCAAAUCUAUGUCACAGGAGGCAAGGUCAGUCGAACAAUAACCAGCUCAACAUGGGUGCUAGACCCGGCCAAAAAUGCGUGGUCAAAGGGCUCGGAAUUGAACGGAGCCCGGCAGCAGCAUGGUUCAACUGCAACAGUGUCUGGAAAGAUGUUUGUGGUUGGGGGGGAGAAUGAAAGUGGCAUGGACUGGACUGUUGAGGAAUACACCAAGUUGCAGAAGAAGUGGACAGUGAUUACAUCGCUCCAGCAGGCAGUGGUCGACCCUGCUGUUGUUUCUAUCAAGGAAAAGAUCUAUGUGGUCGGUGGUAGCACGGAGAUGCACAUGGCUUACGAGCACAUACAGUGCUUCAACACCGCUGGCAACAAUUGGCACAUCAUCAAGCACAUCUCUAUCCCCAGUUGCCAUUUUCCAGCAGUUGCUAAUGGGAACAAGAUCUAUCUGAUGAGUGGCUUUGGAAAGCAGGGUAUUAAGGUAUAUGAUGUGGAACACAACACCAUGCUUCCCCCUGUCCCAAUGUGCAACUCAGAGAGACACUUAUUCGCUGCGUCGUCCGUCCAAGGAAAGAUCGUUGUCACAGGGGGGAUGGACAACUACCAGUCUCUUUCAUCCACUGAAGUCUACAACCCCGAUAGCAAUGAGUGGAAAUUGGGAGCACCCAUGCCAAAGGCACUCAGAGCACAUAACUGCGGAGUGGUCUGCAAGCUGUACUUAGGUCCACCAUUUGAUGGUGAUGACUCAUAAUUUUCAAUUGUUCAUCAUCAUAGGUACCAUAAAACCAGGAUCUUAAAAGCGUUCAUGAAAUGUUUUCGAGUGGCUCAAAGUCAGAAAAGUCUCAUGCAGUUAAUCACCUACAUUAAAAUUUUGUAAUUUGAGAGAAUUUAGUGCUAUAAAAAUGGCAAUUUUUGACAAUUCACGCAAGUUUCAUGUUGCUAAAGUGUCUUGUUUCACAGUAAAUAUUGGAAAGGAAUUCUUUAGACUAGAGUUUUAGGACUCUGUUGCAGCAGUAGUCUAAGCCCUUUUUUGUGUGCAUGUGUUACAGAGGAGAAUGUUACUCUCUAUACAUGUACUUAUAUAUGUUCCCUAACGAAUGAGAAUAUGAACAUGUAUGCAUGUGCAUUCUGCUUUGUUUUCUUUCUUAAAGGUUCAUAAAAGUGCAAUAAAUGUGUAUACCGGUCAGGUACACUGUAUACACCCAGCAGUAGGUGGGUCAUUCGACAGGACCAGUAGUUCAUGUAGAAGAGAAUGGACUGCUUUCAAUUUUAUAUUUCAUAUAAUGAUGCUUUCAAGAGUGCUUGAUGAAAAACACUUAAUAUUUUAGUGGUGAAUACCAAUAACUAGUUGAGUAGAGGCCUGAUGCAAUGGCUACUAAAAAGGAUCAUGAUAAUAUUGCCUUGAUCAAUGAAAACUACAGCAAGUAAUGAUCAUUCCACACUACUUUGAAAUGAAAUGCAGUUUUACUGCAAAUCCUGUCUUCAUAUUUUGAAUAAUAGACUUUCAUUUCUGCCUUUGGUAUGUAGCUUUAAUACAUUCAUGUCCAUAGGAUGUUAAAAGAUUACAUAAAUUGUUACAUUAUGGUUUGCCUUCUAGGUAUUAAUCAUUUGUUUCUAGGCAUUUGUCAUAAUUUCUUUAGGCUAGGGUAAAGCGAAAGGUGCAGUACAAUGGAACCUUGUCAUAUGGAAUACUAAAUUAUUAGAGAGGUAAUUUUGCAUUUCUUUAUUUUCUAUUGUGUUUUUUUUUUAACCCUGACAAACAAUGUAAUUUGCUAUAACGAGGUUCUACUGUACUUAAUGACUUUGUAAUGUCACAUCAAUGUACACUGUAUGUAGCAGCUUGCACUUGGUUAGAAUCCCAAAGGACAUAAGGAAGAUUAUGCAACAGGGUUUUAAAAACAAA